AGCAGCUUUAAAGCGACUACUUGUGUCUCAUUUGUUUAAUAUGUACAACAACUGAAGGGAGAAAACACCAUUAACGCUGUUUCACAAGGGUCCUAAAUAUGCCUAGAUUACCCAUAAAAGCGACAAAUUUAUUUUUCUCGCACUUUUUGCACGGAUGAAAUAAACAAAAUAGUUGGUUUAAGAUUCAGAGGUGAAUUUCUCAACACGAAGUAGACUACAGUAUUUCAUCACGGUCUGUAGGACCGUCCCACUUCCUCCCAUCAAAGGAAAUUCCCUCGACGGCUGCGUGUAUAAAAACCAAGCAGGUCGGCACAGGCAGGCAGAACACCAGUGACUGCAGGACUGCUGCGAUCUACCAGACACACCCGAAACAACUUCUUAUCUACUGACUUAACAGACUUUCCCUUCUUCGACAAAAAGAUGGAAUCCGUGAGAGAAAGCAACGGCAGCGGCGCGUGGAGCCCCAAGAUGCCCCAGGGAAUGGACUUUGAGAUCUCCCGUCACCCGCUGACGAUGAAGCAGGUGGUCAACCUCAUCAUCGCCAUGGAGCGGUUCAAGGGCGACGGCUCGGAGUUGCUGAUGAGCUCCGAAUUCAGAGACGAGGACAUGCUGAACAUCAUGCUGGACGGCUUAGUGGAAGAGGAGAUCGUGACGCUGUGCAGUUCGCCGCCACAUCUCCAGAUCAGCUGGACGGGCGAGCAGCAGUGCAGCAUCACCGACCAGGAGAAGAGGAGCUUAAUUCGGGUCCCAAACAGCAUGCAGCUCCACGCGGUGAUGCUGCAGGGCGGCUCCGAGGCCAAAAAAGUGCUCAUGACCAUGUCGGCGUACCUGCACCCUGCGCCGAGCGUGCCGGGCCAAACGGUGGCUCUGGGCAUCCGGGGCACAAACCUCUACCUGUGCUGCCGCAAGGACGGCGCCGAGCCCACUCUGCACCUGGAGGCGGUUGAGGACAGAAGCACGCUGAGCGGGGCGGACACGAGCAUCGGCGUGAACAGCGACCUGGUGAGGUUCCUCUUCUACCGACAGGACACCGGGGUGAACAACACCACCCUCAUGUCCGUGGCCUACCAGAACUGGUACAUCAGCACGGACAACAGGCAGGACAACAAGCCGCUGGCGAUGUGCCUGAAGACGUCCCCGCGCUCCCAGGUCUUCAGCAUCCGGGAGGAGGUGGAGCGGUCAAGCGCCCCCAGAGUGGAUUCUGCUCCCAGGCCUUAAGAGUGACCCGUUGGGGAAAACGUAUUACAAAGAUCCUAUUUACUGUAUGUACCGAGUACAGAAAGUGAAAUGCUUCGUGCGUUGAUUUGAGUCAAGUUUCACCAGAAGAUGGCAUCGUUGUGCUUGUCUGGUGAACACACAGUGUAUUUAUUGUGCUGAAUGCACUUAUGCUUUUAUCUAUGUAUGCAGCGUUUUAAUAUGUAUUUAUUUUGAAGUGUGCAAUUGUCGCAGUGAAAUAUUUAACAAAGCCGUAUAAUUUAUUCUGA